CGUCAUGUAAGAGCAGGGAGACUUUGGACCCCAGUUCCAGCCAUUUGGGCAAUCAUACUCUCUGUGCACAGUACAGUCCUGCCGAGGCUGCCGUCCAUUAUGGCUAUAGAAUUUGCGCCACGUUCUGUUCCCUUAGAGAGGAGGCUGCAGACAGCCGCCGUUGUCCAGUGGGUGUACUCUUUCCUGGCACUCGCCCAGACGUGUAUUAUCCUCUUCUUUCUUCUGGUCUUCACCCGAUUCUGGAUAAUAAGUGUUUUAUAUGGAAUCUACUGGUUUUACGAUUGGGACACCCCCAGCCAAGGCGGGAGAAGAAGUGAUGUUAUGAGAAGAUGGGCUGUCUGGCGAUAUAUGAGAGAUUACUUUCCAAUCACAUUAGUAAAAACAGCAGAUUUGGACCCUCGUGAGAACUAUGUCGUGGGAUCCCACCCCCACGGGGUGCUUGUGGCUGGAGCAUUUACCAAUUUUUGCACAGAGGCAACUGGAUUUCCUGACCUUUUCCCAGGAAUUACUCCUUAUCUCCUGAUGUUACCUCUAUGGUUCCGAGCUCCAUUUUUCAGGGACUACAUCAUGAGUGGGGGUCUGAUCCCAUCUGACAGGGAAAGUGCUGCAUACUUAUUAAAAAACCGUAAAGGUGGAAAUGCAGUUGUUAUCGCUGUGGGAGGAGCCCCAGAAUCUUUAGAUGCACGGCCUGGAGCUUACACUCUUCUUCUGAAAAACCGCAAAGGUUUUGUUAAACUAGCAAUACAACAUGGGGCCUCAUUAGUUCCUGUAUUUUCCUUUGGGGAGAAUGAACUCUUUGACCAAGUUGAAAAUCCAAGGGGCUCGUGGCUCAGAACAAUCCAGGAGAAGUUACAGAAAAUCAUGGGCGUGGCAUUGCCACUCUUUCACGCCCGUGGCGUCUUCCAGUACAGUUUUGGGCUCCUUCCCUACAGAAAGCCAGUGUGUACUGUAGUUGGGAAGCCAAUCAAAGUGGUGGAGAACCCGGACCCGUCCCACGAGGAGAUAGAUCGAAUGCACACGAUUUACACAGAAGAGCUCUACAAACUGUUUGAGGAGCAUAAAACCAAGUACAAUGUGCCAGCCGACAAGCACCUGACCUUCGUAUAACAUGGCAUUACACAGAUAAAUGACGUUACAGUUUACAAGGAUCUUUGGAUUGACAGAUAUCACGUUCCUAGGGCAUAAUUUAAAACUAAAAUUGUGAUUGUUUACUCAUUAUUUCAAUUCAGAAGAAUUUACUGGAAAAUGGAUAGAAUUAUGUGAAAAAAAAAAUAUUUUUAUAAUUACUUACUUGAAAUAGUGACUAAUUUAUGACUCCAAAAAUGCAACUCUACCUUUGGCAAAUCAGGACUAACCUUUAGG